CGUCAACAGGGAUCCGGCCCCUAUAUAAAUCCGGGCCACUCCAUUUUCCCAUACAAAUGAACAGAUUUUGAAAGAUCAUUGUAAAUUCCUCUUAGGCCCAAACUUAAUGCAACUUUGAACACAGUUGUAUAACUCAUAGGUCUAUAGCAUAUAAUACCCCGUGAGGAUUAUCUCCCAAAGCUAAGUGGGAAAAGUGAGAAAUACCGGAUAUAAGCAUGCUAAGAGUAUCCUUAUAUCCAGUUUUCCUCAGUUUUCUCAUUGGCCGCGUCUCUUGAAGUCAACAAACCGUUCGCAACUCCCCUGCAAGUCCAAACAAGACCCGAGCACGAUGCUGGCGGACAUGACUACCGGUUGAGCUGCUCAGUCCGCCUCCACAUUACCUGUCUCGACUCAUCAGAAUGGCCGGCCAAAAGUUGUACCCUCGCGCGACGGUCAAGAAGAUCGUUAAGGCUCACUCGAAUUGCAACGUGAGCAAGAACGCUGAUGUCAUGAUGUUCUUGGAUUAUAUGCUUUUUAUGCAGACCCUUAUGAGAGAGGCUACUAUUGAGGCAAAGCAAGGGGGUGAGCGAGGCAUCACGGCAAGGAGCGUAAAGAAGGUUACAGCGGACUCACUCGCCAAGUUUAGAGGAUGAGACAUUGUUGACGGCCAUAAAGUCGACCGGAACGACCAAGCCUGGGACCGCUGGCUCCGUUGACCGUAGCGAAACGGAGCAUAUCGGAGCCGCGCCAGGGCUGGAUCUUGAUGGAGCUCGCGGUGUUGAGCGCUAGAGGUUGUGGUUACUUAGUUACUUGGCAUGGAUGUCGACCCGCGGGCGGGCCCAGUCGGAGCACGCGACACCGAUGUAAAGCUGCGGUGUGGGGCCGAGCGUCGGCGCCGGGAUGCCGAAAUGCGGACUGUCAAGUAGUUGACCUUGAAAUCUGAUAUCAAGGGCAGGAAACCAAGUACCUAAUACGGAUUCCCAAGCUGACGCUUGAACCUCGUAGCGCUGUGCUACCUACCUUCAGCUCUAUGCACAUAGUGUGACCUGUUUAUGAGCUCAUAUCGAUAUUCGGGGUGCUUCUGUAUCAUUCUGCCU